GCGUGUCUGCUCACGUUUCCAACCAUUUCAAUCCAGUUUCUUCCUUGUUCCUUACUGUAAAUCUCGUAACUUCUUCUCUUAACAUCUAUAAAUACCCUCUUUCAUUGGAAAAAAAAGUUAAGAAAUUUGCACCAAAUUCAGAUCUAGACUUUGUUUCUCAAUCCAUCUGUUAAGUUAUGUCGAUAUCAAGAUCUUUUAUUGUGAAUGGAACUUUAACCAGCCGUCAUAUGGGCUCCGAUACUCUCUCCCCAAAUUCUUCUUCAAAUUUGGCUAUGUUGAAAUUCAAAGAUCAGAGCCUUUUCUGGGCUCUUCAGAGCUUGCAAUGUGUCAAAAAGAACACGGGAACGCAAAAGGAUAAUAAUAAUCAAAGGAACUUUGUUGUGUACUGUGUUGAUCCAGCAGUGCCUCCUCCUUGCGGGCCUCCUUUCAAUUUAUUAAACUGGAUUCUGGGAUUUACUGUUACAGUAGUUCUACCUUUCUUCAGCCGUAAAUGGGGGUCACUACUGAAACUCAAAAACGAGGUUGAAACCACUGUGGAGACAAUAGAACACGUUGCUGAUGCAGUAGAAAAGGUGGCAGAGGAGGUGGAGAAAGUGGCGGAGGACAUCGCGGAUGAUCUUCCCAAAGGUGGAAAACUGAGAAAUAUGGUGGAUUUCGUUGAACAUAUGGCUGAAGAAAUAGCCAAGGAUGCUCAUCAAGUUGAAGUGUUUAUUGAUAAGGUUCAAGAAACAGAAGAGAGGAUGGAAACAUUGGUUGAAUCUCUUGUUGAUGAAACCAAAGAGCCUCCCAAAGAAGGAAAUGAAGAGAAAUUGGCCAGUAAACCUUAGUGAAAUUUUAGGAUUAUUUGAAAGAAAAAAAAAUUCAUAAUUUCUCAGUAAAUACAAAUUUUUUUCAUUUGUUGAUUUAAUUUGGAGAAAUGUACUUUGAAGGGAUUUCUUGUAUUAUUUAUCAAGUUUAUAUUUCUUUUUUCACA